AACUAAUGAAAAGUAAAUCUAACUUUGAGCACUGAAUCAAAACAAAAUAUUGAAAUCCUUCAUCAAUGCAUCGUUAUCGUUGCCGUCAUCAGUUAUUUAUCUCGAACUCUAAUGCGUACGUGUGAGAAGCGGCAAAUCACCAGAAGCAAUUUACAACCCGUCCACAUCCAUUACUCUUACCUUUUACAUCCUAGCAAUGUUUGGUGUCAAUAUUGAAUAAUAAUGUUGCUUUAUUCUUUUGUUUUCGUGACAACCGCUAGAAACCUUCGCCUUUUUGAGUUCACAGAAUAUCAAGUGGGAAUAUCCUAAAGGAAAUCAUAGCAAAUAAACGCGAAUCAGUAAAUCGUAAAAAUUGGAACAUCGAAAAAUUAAAAACACAAAUAAAAAAUACAUAUAUUAUAAAUAAAUUCAUCUUUUAAACUAUUAUGCAAUCUUCCCUUAAAGUGCGAGUUUGUGUCGAAUUCUACGUUUUUGAAAUUGUUGUCCCCAUCUUUGUUUUCCACUUGUUUUGGCGUUUUACCUUUUUUGUUCUCAUGGCCUUGUCUAACUGCCUUCCAAAAUAAGAGUGUAUUGAUAAUCUUCCAUGACUCUAAUAUUUUAAAUAUUAAGGGUGUAACAGUGAUUAAAUUAAUUGUGUGUAAAUCAAAAGUCAAGCGACUUAAAAUUUAGUUUAAUAAAUUAUGUAUACAUACCUACAUCUCGUACAAAUGUAGGCCAGAUCGAUGCAAUUAAAACAAAUUGUAAAACAUAUACAUACACAUAUACGUGAGUCACUAGAAUCGCACGCUGGAAUUCAAGAUAGCUGUUAAAGAAAGUCGUCUUUUAUAUAAGCAUUCAAACGUUGCCAUCAUAAUUACUAACAUAAGUUCCAGCGGCAGAGAUCACUUUGAGUGUAUAAAGUGUUACAUCAAAGUGGCAUGAGCCAUUCAUCGGGAUUUCGAAAAUAUGAUGAUAAUGAGUGUAGUGGGCCAAGACCACCAGUACCCGGAGAAGAAAGUCGCGUUAGAAAGAUGACCGAAGGGGUGGGAGAACAUAUGCGGGAUUCCCCACCAUCCUAUCUAAAUUGGGCCCGCACAUUUAAUCACCUGCUCGAAGACCGGGAUGGCGUCGAAUUGUUCAAGAAAUUCGUAGAAGAGGAGCACCCAGCCUACAAUGAUCAUUUAAAUUUUUAUUUUGCCUGCGAAGGUCUAAAACAACAAACCGAUCCCGAAAAAAUCAAACAAAUUAUUCAAGCCAUGUACAGGUUUUUAAAAAAAAGUCAACUAUCUGUGUCCGAUGAUCUAAGGCACACCAUUAAAGCGGGCCUAAAGAAUGAAGUCUCGCUUAGUUCAAAUAUAUUUGAUAGCAUGCAGAAAGAAGUUGAGGCCACUAUACGCAACGAAUUGUAUUUAUCGUUUUUAAAAUCGGAUAUGUAUAUUUCGUACAUUCGACAAAUGUCCGUAGUCCACGAGCGAUGCAGUAGCAGUGGCGGACCUGGAAGCUGUAGUGCUGGUAGCAGCAGUGGCAGUGGGACCAGCUGUGGCAGUAACAGCGGCGGCAGCGGAGCAGCUGGUGACGCAGGGGCGUGUGCUUUGCCCCUUACCAUUUCUAAUAAAUCAACAAUUAACGUUUGCGUACCGGCUAUGGGUCCAAUUGUAAAUUUCCCUGCGAAUACCAAUGUUAAUAUUGGUAGCUGCAGUGCUAGUGGCAGCGUUUACGGUCCCUCGACAUCGGCAAGCUCCAGUGGAUCGGUUAGUGCUACAGACACAUUGCCACGCAGCUCGACUUUACCCACCCUACAUGAAGAUUCUGAAUUAUCAUUAAAUGAUGACUUUGAGAAAUUGCGCGUUGAAGCCGGUCGAGGGUCAACUGAGUUGCCAAUACGCCUCACUCGUGAUCUUUUAUUAGCGACUCAAACGAGAAGACUGGAAAUUCGCCCCCCUGGUGUGUGUAGUGCCCUUGGUUAUGUGUACACAGGCAAACCGAAUACGUCUUACGUACCGAAUUCACGUGUGGAUUCGGAACGAGCAAGCGUUAGUUCGGGCGGACGAACUGACUCCGAUACAAUGUCGCUUUCAAGCUGUUCGAUGGACGGCAGGCCUUACAUACAACGUAGACAUGGUUCUACGGAAAGUAAAGCCAUUCGUGAAAAUGCCAUGUUCAACAAAGAAACAAACUCUUUCCAGAUCAUUCCACGGACGCAGCGCCUGCAUUCGAAUGAACAUCAUCCUCUAACGGGAGCUGAGCUUUUUGCUGAAUUGCUCCCUAAAUUAGAAGAAGUGAAACGUCAACAGGAUAUGGAAGAGCGCGCUCGUUUAGAUCACCUAUCGGACGAAACUCUGCCGACUAAUGAAAGGCUUGCCAGCGAUCGUGCUUUAGCCCAGGCUAUCAGAGAGAAAUUUGCCAUGGACGAAGAUAAUGAUCAAGAUAUAUUAGACCAACAUGUGUCACGUGUGUGGAAAGAUCAAACGCCGCAUCGUUCACCUGAUAUAAUGUCACCCUGCCCGCCACUACCAAUUAGACGGCGUACUAUAACACAUGAUUCAGGAAUGUUGAGUGACGGUGCCACUAGUAUAAGCGGUAUAAAACACUCAAAGUCAAUGCCAGAUCACAGUUCCUCCUCAAGGAAGCUUACAAGUAAAUGGCCUUCCAUGAAUACAGACAGCGGCAUAAGCUUAGCAGAUACUCUAAUGAAGUACAAAGAUAACAGUUACAGUUCACGAUCUGACUCAAGUAGCACAGCUUCAAAACAGGAAGAGACUAAAAGAAGACUGGAAGAGAUCAAACGAUCUCAUCGUUAUACUCAAUCACAGCAACCGGCCUCUUUCAGUAACAGUAGCAGCGGCAGCAGUAGUUUGCACCAUUCUGGGGCUCCACCUCCUUUACCCUUAAGGCCCCAAGAAACAACGACGGUGGUAUUUUCUUUCUGCGACGAAGAAUAUCCAUACAGAAGUAAAAUACCUGUUACACAACCAACAUUGAAACAAUUCAAGGAUUAUUUACCCAAAAAGGGUAAUUUUAGAUUUUUUUUUAGAACGCGUUGUGAAGAUCCUGAGAGUCCAGUGAUUUAUGAGGAAAUUGUUAAUGACUCUGACAUCCUCCCGCUAUUUGAGGGCAAAGUGAUGGGUCAGGUUAAACCACUGGUUAAACCAUCCGAUUAGUAUUAAGCAAUAUUUUUUAAAAAAUCUUUUUUUUUUUUUUAGUUAAUUAGAGCAGAAACCAACAUUUUUGGUUGCAUAUUCACAAUGGAAGUUUUAUCAAACAUAAAACAUAAGAAAGAAUAAUAAUAACGAUAACAAAAUUUUGUUAUAUAUGUUGCAAAAUACCGUUUCUUAA